GACGAAGGAAAGGUGGUCAGAAAUGACAAAUGAAGGGGUACUAGAGAUUCUGAAUUCUGACAAGGAGAGGAAUAUAUAUUCCGAGGCGGACAUAUACUAUUAUGUGUGGGACGACAUGCGAUAGGUCCAAAUAACCCACCAGUGCGUUCCAGAUCUGUCACAUCCCAAAUCUGAUUCUGAUUCAGAUCUCGAUCUACCCAAAUUAAACAUGACUCGGUUGCUGCUUGAGCCUUGCAUGAUGCAGCGGAACCGCCCGCCGCCGGCUCGAUACGCGGAAGGUCUGUUUCGAGUAUCCCAGACAGAACCAGCCAGUAGAGUCGAGAUCGGUAGCAAGGGAGAUGAUAUACCGGAGGGAUAAUAUGGAAUCAGCAAUGCGUAAAUAUGCACAUUUUUUCGGGUGGGUAGGACAGCAUAUCACGAUCACGGGAAUCGAGGGUGACAUGGCGGCAUUUGAUAUGAGAUUGUUAUGGGCAAAAACUUGACCUGUCGCUUAGCGCGAGGCUGCGAUCGCUCUCUUGCUGGACCCUCAACCGCGAUCCGCGUAACGCAUAUCCCAAAAGAAAAAUUAUUGUCGCAAAAAGGGGUCGGAGCAGUGACUCCCAAUCUGACCUUUAUCCACCGCUUUUUUUCUGCUUGCUGUCGCGUACAGGUAACAGGAGCACAGCGCAUCUGCCCUGUGACGUACCAACUCGAACCCUCUGCAAGUCGUUCACCAUCAUGCCCGUGGCCCAAAGGGGGCUCCAACGGUGCCUCCGACUCGGCGCCCACGGUAGGGCACAGCAUCGAUUCCACUCCUCAGCCCCCUCGCCCACCGCGUCUCCGCUCUCAGUAGCCAAACUCCUCGCCACGCCGGCCGAUGACGGCGAGAGGCAGGUUUAUGGCUUCGUCCGCUCGAUACGGAAGCAUAAAACACGUGCCUUUGCCGCCAUUGGGGAUGGCUCCAGCCUCGAAUCCCUCCAGGCGCUCUUGACGCCUGCACAAGCUGAGAGCCUCACUACUGGCGCCGCCGUCCACCUCACUGGCCAGUGGACCGCCUCUCCCGCCAAAGCCACCCAAGCCAGCGAGCUGCACGUGAACGCCAUCGACCUCCUCGGCGCGUCAAACGCCACCACCUACCCUCUGCAAAAGAAGUUUCAAACCGUAGAGUACCUACGCACCCUCCCGCAUCUACGCGCCCGCCUACCCUCCAACGCCCUCCUUCUCCGUCUCCGCUCCCGCGCCAUCGCGCACCUCACCACCUUCUUCGCCUCGCGUGAGUUCACGCAGACGCACCCUCCCAUCCUGACGUCGUCGGAUUGCGAGGGCGCGGGUGAAGUAUUCGGCAUCAGCACCGCAGCGGAAUCUCCCAGCGAUUCUUCCGCCUCGGCAGCGAGCGGGGAGCCAGCCGCCGCUCCUGGCAGUGCAGCGGUGCCGUUUUUCCGCACGCCGAAAUACCUGACCGUCUCAUCGCAACUUCACCUUGAGGCACUCGCGCAGGCCGUCGGCGGGGUAUGGACGCUCUCGCCUACAUUUCGCGCCGAGCGCAGCGACACUGCGCGUCAUUUGAGCGAGUUUUACAUGCUCGAGGCGGAGGCGACGUUCGUGUCCUCGCUUGAUGAGGUUAUGGAUCUCGCGGAGGACAUGAUACGCAGCGUCACGCGGGGCCUGAACGAUAGCACUAUCGGGGAGGAAGUGCUGCGCGGGCAUCGGCGCGAGGGCGAGGAAGGGAUAGACUUAGAGCGGCGGUGGAAGGGGAUUCUAGAGGGUCCGUGGCCGCGGAUCACGUAUACGGAGGCCAUUGAUGCGCUCGUCGCGAGCGGCGAGGCAUUCGAACACUUUCCCGUCUGGGGUGCGGGUCUACAGGCCGAACAUGAGCGCUUUCUGGCGCGGGAAGUAGGAAAACGGGGCCCCGUGUUCGUCACCAAGUACCCGGCUGAUAUAAAGCCAUUCUACAUGCUUCCCUCCUCGACCUCCAGAGCUGGAGAGGACAGGCAAACCGUCGACUGCUUCGACCUCCUCCUCCCCGACGUCUGCGAAGUCGCCGGCGGCUCUCUACGUGAACACAGCCUCGAGCCUCUCCAGGCCGCGAUGCGCACGCACGGCGUGGCGGAGGAGGGGAUGGAGUGGUACACUGACCUGCGGCGGUGGGGGAGCGUGCCGCACGGCGGGUUUGGGGUCGGUUUCGACCGCCUGCUCGCGUAUCUAGGCGGUGUGGGAAAUAUUCGCGAGGUGGUUGCUUUUCCGAGGUGGGUGGGACGGUGUGAGUGUUAGACGAUUAAUAAGUUAAGGGGAGGAGAGAAAGGGGGGGGGUGAGGGGUGAUGCUAUACGAGCGGUGGAAGGUGGGUUUUCGAUCCCUCGUCCGCGCCAAUCAUCCCCACUUCGCUCAGCGGCGAAGGAUUUGAGCUUGCAACCGUACCAGACCGCUCAUCUAUCUUCCUUCCUUGGUCGCUUUCUUUUCAUUCCUUGCGGAAUCACGACAACGCACCGGCCUUACUGUAUAAAUACACUCGACGCAUUUUCGAGCCUGUUGCGGCUGCCUUGUCGGAAGGAGCGCGGUGACCUCAUCUCAUUCACCCGCCGGCGUCUGCUCAAUCUCCUUUUUGAUAGUGUGUGAGAGGGAGAUUAGAGUAGGAUGCGUGGGUGUUGGUGUUUGUAUUUUUUUUGGGAUGGGUUGGUUGGUUGGUUGUUGGUGGAUUAUUUUACAUUGGCUAUUUUACAGUUCGUGGUUCUAUUGAAUAUGGAAGCUUACAUUUUUUGUUACGUUGUAUUGUAGAGUACUUCCAAGGGAAGUACAGUUGGGUCAAAUAAGUGUUCGUCGCUCCGAAGAACCACAACCAUAAAAUCAAUCGUAAAUAACUCAACCACAACGCUUUGGAAUUGAAUAAAAAUUGAAAUGUACUAUAGCUAGAGUAAUAUAGAUUAAUAUUUAAUACUACC